AUGGAAGUCAACGCGUACCAUGACCUUAUGCAGAAUAUGUUAACCAAGAACCCGCAGCCAUUCCUCCCGCCAGACCUCGUACUCUAUGUUAUCGACUUUAUACCGCCAGCCAGUAAUACUGCGAAAAUUGCUUACGAGCCGUCGCACAUCUUAACCAGGACGCUUCUUGCGCUUACUCUCACAUCGCGAAUCAUCUACCCCACUGCGCGCCGACUCCUCUACACCCACUGCCUCUACGUCGACUCUCCCCGCCGUCUGCGAUGUCUCUUGUCCUCUCUCUCAGCAUAUGCUGCCGAUCCUGCAGCUCCACAAUCCCUGCCACCUACCGAAUCAAAGCCAUCCACCGUCCAGCACGAAACCUCCCUCUACCUCGCCCCCUUCCUCAACGACACCAUCAACGACCUCCCCACCGCGCAAGCAGUGCAUCGCCUCCUCUCGCUCCUCGCACCCACCCUCUGCCGCCUUGUAAUCGACAUCCCAGUCCGUAGCCUCUGCCCAGAAGACGACACCUUAGGCAUCCGACGCAUUCUGAAAAAAGCGUUCACGCAGCUCACCUCCCUCGAACUAUUCUGCAGCGCACGCUACCAAUUGCUCCUAGAUUACCUCGAAGACGACAUCGGAUCUUUCAAAGGUUUCGAGAAAGCGAAUGUGUGGCCCUUGUGGCCUCGGCUGAGGACGCUCGCGCUGUACAAUUGCGAUCUUAGCUCAGAGCGGCUCUGGUUGGGCCUGUCGAUAACGGAACGUCUAGAGACACUGGUUCUUACGCGAGCUGACGGCGUGCGCGAAGUUGAUUUCAGGUCCGAGUGGAUUGCGCGCGGAAACGGGGACAGGAGUCUGACAGUGUGGUUUGUAGAUGUGGAUGGUGGGCGGGGAAUACCAGAGACAAUUAAAGAACAGGAGGAAGGUGAUAAAGUCAAGAUCAUGGUGGGGCGUGUCCCGACGAGUUAUUAUGGGGAUGAGGAUGUCAUUGAGCUGUGUCAGAACUGGAUAAAACGGUUGGCGCUUAAAGGUGAAGCUGGCUUUCAAGAUGAGCUAAGAAACCUGAGCACGUAG